AUAUUUAUAAUGGUUUAACAAGGCUAAACGAAGAGGAAGUAUUAAACCAGUGUAGGUUUUAGAGUUUUUACUAGCCCCAGCUUGUGACUCUCAUGUAUCGCACACACUCGAGGGUAUGUGACGAGGUUUUACCACCGGGUAGUUAAUCACUGAUGUUGUUGUUGUCCUGAAAAAUGUGUAUGAAAGAGCUGCGAUUUGAUCUGUCAUGCUUGACUGAAUCCCGGAAAUUAACUACUAUAACGUUUGAUUAUCGAGGAGAAGUACGAAAAGCUUGCUAGAAAACUAUGACAUAAAACUUCCGGUUUGAGGGUGUGACAUUCAAAAUAAAUCUGGCCAAAUUAAAACCCUUCACGUUUCAUCGUUACUUUGAAAAUUUUUUGUUGCGCUCCGUGUGACAGAAUUAGUAUUGGAGGAAGUGCAGCGCUCAUAUCACAAAACGUGUUGUGUAAAGUGUAGCGUUUCCGCUGGCAACAUUUCUUAGUGGCGGUCCGCCACGGCAAAAAAAUAAAAAAAAAUAAAAACAACAACCCCAAAACAAUCCAACCCAUCGGUUUUUUAAUCACGCCCCUCAGAGACUCACCCGGGAACCCGGUAAACAACACGACGAGUUACAGCCACGGACGAAGUUAAGGCCAAUUCUGAUGGAGCGGGGAGCAGGUUCUGAUGAGCCCCGAGAAGGAGAUGUGAUGCAAUCUCCAGCUGCAGGGCAGAACGAACACCGCCUUACUGGUUGACUUUAUCCAAGACAUCACUGCUGUCAUUGAUGCAACUGCUUAUAAAGACCUUCAUAUUUUAAUGAAGAUUCUUCAGCCUUAUAGACAUGAAAAAACUGGUUCCAUCUACAAAGUGGGAGGAACCUAUGAGGAACUGGAGCAACUUUCAGACAGGCUAUCAGACUGCUGUAGUCCUGCCGCUCAGCAACGUAUCUGUCUGCAAGAUGAACACGCUUCAACUUGUACCAAAUCUGUGGAAGUAUCUGCUGAUGUUAUGGCCUACAUUGAGCAAAAAUGUACAAAGGAACUUCGGAAAAUUCUAGGAAACCGUUUUGACAUUGAAACACAGCCUAACCUUAGAGCAGCACAUUAUAAUCCCAGUAGCACAGUACAAGUGAUUUUAAGACCAUGCAAUGUGCCCUUAUACCCUGUUCAUGCUGACUUAGUCAGACAGCGGUUUAUCACAUUCUAUCAGAGAACUGCCUCUGACCUGCAGGUCACAUUGGUCACUGUGAGCCCACCUUACCACAAAAAACUGCAGAGGAUUUUUCCAUAUGUCCUUUUUAAACCCAGCCACAACAAAUGUGAAGUAACAGUGAUUGGACCUUUUGUGCACAUUGCUAAACUGAAAGAUUUCCUUUUACAAAAUACACUAAGUUCAAGCAAGAUUCCAGUGAACAAAAGUCCAGCAGAUGCUCCGAGCAGCACAACCUUAAGUUCUUCACCAAAACACAGCAAAGAUAAUGAAGAUGAAUCAUGUCCAAUCUGUAUGGAACCAAUAUUAACAACAGAGAAAAAGACCCUACAGUGCAAGCACUCCUUCUGCAGAAAAUGUCUGAAAAAAGCUUUUGAAUACAAGCCUCUAUGCCCAACAUGUGGACAGUUGUAUGGCAUUUUGAAAGGGACACAGCCUGAUGGAGGCAGAAUGAAUGUCACCAGAGACACUUCAUCUUUGCCUGGAUAUGAAGAAUAUGGAACAAUAAUCAUUCAGUACUACAUUCCAAGUGGCAUCCAAAAGGGGGAGCAUCGUAACCCUGGUCAGCCAUAUGAAGGUGUAUCCCGUACAGCUUAUCUUCCAGAUUCCCCAGAGGGCAGGAGGAUCCUGAAACUGCUGAAGCAAGCCUUUGAUCAGAAGCUCAUUUUCACUGUUGGUCAGUCCACCACCAGUGGCAGGAACAAUGUGGUCACAUGGAAUGAUAUUCACCACAAAACUUCUAAACAUGGAGGACCAACUUGCUAUGGAUACCCAGAUCCUGAUUAUCUCAGCAGAGUUCGAGAUGAAUUGAAAGUCAAGGGAAUUGAAUGAGUCAAUGAAAGGUUUGCCAACACAUGAAUGUAGAGCUAAGAUGAUGUAUUAAAUUACUUUACUACUGUAUGUCUAAAGAGGCAUGUACUUUAUUAGGCAUGUAUUUUAAAAUGCACACAACAUGUAAGGGAAUAUGUUAUAGAGCAGUAGAAAGAAUGCUUUGUAUAUUUAAAUGUUUUACUAAAUUUUAAUAUUCUAUAAAUAAUGAUACCAAAUGACAUUGGUCAACCAUAGUUUAAGCCUUCCUUGUUAUGUUUAUAAUCAUUCUUUAUUUAUUAUGUGUUUUUCUUCCCUUAGAUUACUAUUUCUUGCCUUAUAUUGUUUUAAUUUUAUUUGAAAUUACCUUGUUUGAAAUGGCUAAAUAUGGAAAACGUAAUAUUUAAAAAUUAACUGUAAAUUCCUUCUGGUGCAUUAAAUGUUUAAAGUGCCCAUGUCAUGCUCAUUUUGCUCAUAUCCAGCCAUUUAAGGGGGCGUUUGUACUAUGAUUGGACAACAAUGUUGCACCUACAUUCCAAUGAACACUGAUCCUGAUGGCUCAAUUGCUAGGGCUCUGACUGACUUAAAAGUCUUGUCAGAAGAGAUGGCUGAACACUCUGGUAUUACUAAUUACAUUGAGAAUUGGUUCACUAAGACUUUUGGCAAGUGGAAAAAUGUA